ACUAAUGAGCACAGAGCGUCACAUCGAAAGAAAUAAAAAAAUGGCUCCCGCACAAAGCACAAUCAAGUCACUCCACGUGGCAGUGAUCGGAGCCGGAGCCGCCGGGCUCGUAGCUGCAAGAGAGUUACGCCGCGAGAAUCACUCCGUCGUAGUCUUCGAACGCGACUCAAAAGUCGGAGGUCUCUGGGUAUACACACCGGAAAGCGAGGUCGACCCACUUAGCCUCGAUCCAAAUCGAACCAUAGUCCACUCAAGCGUCUACGACUCUCUCCGAACCAAUCUCCCAAGAGAGUGCAUGGGUUACAGAGACUUCCCUUUCGUGUCUCGACCUGAACACGACGGCGACUCUAGAGACUCGAGAAGGUACCCUAGUCACAGAGAAGUCCUGGCUUACCUUGAAGACUUCGCUAGAGAAUUCAAACUUGUGGAGAUGGUUCGAUUCAAUACUGAAGUGACUCUUGUCGAGGCUGAUGGUUUGAAAUGGAGGGUUCAAUCCAAAAACUCAGAUGGGAUCUUCGGUGAUGAGAUCUUUGAUGCUGUCGUUGUUUGUAACGGACAUUAUACAGAACCUCGAGUUGCUCAUGUCCCUGGCAUAGAUUCAUGGCCAGGGAAGCAGAUUCAUAGCCACAAUUACCGUGUUCCUGAUCAAUUCAAAGACCAGGUGGUGGUAGUGAUAGGAAAUUUUGCGAGUGGGGCUGAUAUCAGUAGGGACAUAAAGGAAGUGGCUAAAGAAGUCCACAUCGCUUCUAGAUCAAAUCCAUCUCAGACAUACAAACUACUUCCUGGUUCCGAAAAUUUAUGGCUUCACCCUAUGAUAAAAAAUGCAAACGAAGAUGGUUCGAUUGUUUUUGAGAAUGGUAAGGUUGUCCAAGCUGAUACCAUUGUGCAUUGCACCGGUUACAAAUACUACUUCCCGUUUCUCAACACCAAUGGCUAUAUUACCGUUGAGGAUAACUGUGUUGGACCGCUUUACAAGCAUGUAUUUCCACCUGCGCUUUCUCCCGGGCUCUCCUUCAUUGGUUUACCCUGGAUGACACUGCUAUUCCCUAUGUUUGAGCUCCAAAGCAAGUGGGUGGCUGCAGUUUUAUCCGGUCGGAUCAAGCUUCCUUCAGAAGAGAAAAUGAUGGAAGAUGUUACUGCCGAUUAUGCAAUACGUGAUACUCACGGGUUUCCUAAGAGAUACACACAUAGACUUGGUGCGGGUAAUGUUCAAUACCUCAACUGGAUAGCCGAGCAAGUUGGUGCACCGCCUGGUGAGCAGUGGAGAUUUCAAGAACUUGAUGGCGGCUAUGUCAGACUUGCCACACAACCAGAGACUUUCCGUGAUAAGUGGGACGAUGAUCAUCUCAUUGUUGAGGCUUAUGAGGAUUUCUUGAGACAGAAGCUAAUCAAGAGUCUUCCUUCUGAGUUAUUGGAAUCCGGAAAAUGAUGAUUGAUUCCUUGGACAAAUGAUUCACAUGUCUGUAUGUUGUUGUGUUGCUUGUGUUGUUCUUUGUUGUCGUGUAAGAAUAAAAGCCUUCAAAAAGUUUAUCAUUUGAUAAACACUUGAGGUUAAUUCUUAAACAUUUUCAUUGUCUUUUUAUCUUUGAAUGUUGGAAUGAAACAAAGUUUUAUACA